GACAGUUCGUUCAAUAUCAGCGACCAGAAUGGUUCGCCUACGUGGAUUACUUUCCAGCCUGGGCCUGCUCCUGGCCAUUUACGGAGUACAGACUAGAUUUUGCGGAGGAUCCACGGAUCAGAAGUGUGUGCCACGGCAGUCCUGCAGGAUCGGCUCCGAGAAUGGAAUGCCGAUCAUCGAGUACCGACAUCUACAAGGCGGCAACUUUGGAUGUCCUUCCACGGAAACCUGCUGUCCCCUAACAGAAAUGUUGGGUAAUCCAAUUCCCGUUUUUGAUGACCCGGUUCAACUGGAUUGUGGCCACGUCAACAAGCAAGGUCUGACUUUCACCAUUAGGGGCUUGGAGGAGCUGGCCCAGGAGGCCGAGAUGCCAUGGGUGGUGGCUCUGCUGGAUGCCACAAACCUGCAAUAUAAGGCAGCCGGUUCCCUCAUUGCCCCGGAUGUAGUGCUCACAGCCAGCCAUGUGACCGACAAACUGGCCGAGAACCAGCUUCUUGUGAGGGCUGGCGAAUGGGACCUUAAUACCGACACCGAGCAGCAAAAACAUGUCGACGUUGCCAUCAGGAAGAUCGUGCGCCACCCUGAGUUUGAUGCAGACAAUGGACAAUACAAUGUGGCGCUUCUGUUCCUCAAGACACCGCUUCAGCUUACCCGCCACAUUAAUCUUAUCUGCCUGCCGUCAUCGAACCGGAACUUCAUCCAAAGCCGAUGCCUGGUCGGUGGCUGGGGUAAGAAAACCAUCGAGGCCAACAGCUACAUGAACAUUAUGAAGAAGAUCGAGUUGCCGGUGGUGGACAGCCUUACAUGCGAGAAGCAACUGCAAGAACCCUACACCAAAGACUUCAGGCUCCAUCACAGCCUGAUGUGCGCCGGCGGAGAAAUCGGCAAGGAUUCGUGCGAGGGUGACGGAGGAGCACCGCUGGCCUGUCCGCUCCAAAGCGAUCCCGAGCGGUACGAGCAGGCCGGCAUCGUUAACUUUGGAUCCGGAUGCGGAGAACCGAUCCCUGCAGUCUACACUGAUGUUUCCAAAAUGAACGUUUGGAUUAGGCAGCAGAUCGAGGCGAAUUCACCAGGAGGAGGUGGAGGUGGAGGUGAAGGCAGAUAUUUAGACAAUGGUAAUGCUCGAGGUGCAGGCGACAGAAAUAUUCGGAUUAUGGGCAAUGGUCAGGAAGGUAGGGUUGAAAAUGUGCCAGGAUUUGAGCAAAGGGGAGUACCAGUUCCAGCUGUAUGGAAUGAACGUGUGCCAGGUGGAUUAGGAGGAUCUGGUCGAGGAGGUGGUAAUGUCGCAGGUGGAGGCAGUAGAUUUGAUCAAGUGGGAGCCCCAGUGAACGUUCCAGCUAGAAAUAACGAAUAUAUUCCAGGUGGAGGCGAGGGAUAUAAUCAAGGCGGGGCCCCAGUGAACGUUCCAGCUAGAAAUAAUGAAUAUAUUCCAGGUGGAGACGGAGGAUAUAAUCGAGGAAGAGUUCCAGUGAUCGUUCCAGCUAGAAGUAAUGAAUAUAUUCCAGGUGGAGGCGGAGGAUAUAAUCAAGGUGGGGCCUCAGUGAACGUUCCAUCUAGAAAUAAUGAAUAUAUUCCAGGUGGAGGCGGAGGAUAUAAUCAAGGGGGAGCCCCAGUGAACGUUCCAGCUAGAAAUAACGAAUAUAUUUCAGGUGGGGGCGGAGGAUAUAAUCAAGGAAGAGUUCCAGUGAUCGUUCCAGCUAGAAGUAAUGAAUAUAUUCCAGGUGGAGGCGGCGGAUAUAAUCAAGGGGGAGCCCCAGUGAUCGUUCCAGCUAGAAGAGAUAACUAUAUACCAGGUGGGUUUGAGGGGUCAAAUGGAGGGGGUGGUAACGUCGCAGGUGGAGGCGGUAGAUAUGAUCAAGGGAGACCCCCAGUGAACGUUCCAGCUGGAAGGGAUGAAUUUGCGCCAAAUGGACUUGCAGGAACAGGCGAAGGAGGUGGAGCGGGUGGUAAUGCAGCAGGUGGAGGCGUUAGGUAUGAUCCAGGAAGAUUCCCAGAAGCCAAUCCCUUCUUUGGAGAUAGAAAUGAACCAGCUGAAACCGGAGUCGAACGUAAUAGAUAUGAUACGAUUGGGAGUCAAAACACGCUUCCCGGUAGACGUGAUCCGCCUGUAAAUGAAAUUUCCAAUAACAAAAAUAUUGUAUUACAAAAUGAUGUAAGGAAAAAACAGACAAAACCAGGCGAACAAACCACUAUGGAAGUAUUUAGAGCCUAAAACAUAUAUUGUCUUGUCUUUGUUGAAUGAAUGUUGGCCGAAACUGUUUAAAGCAUAAAUAUCUUUGAAUAAAAGCAAUUUAUGAAA